GAAUUGGAGUUGACCGCAGAACAACAGCAACGGCAGACGCCAUUUUGUCUAUUGGCCGGCUGAUUUGUAAGCUCAAUAUUCGCGAAAUAGUUACCGCGACUAGCUUAGAGUGCGCAGCCAACUAAGGGCUCCCCGUUGUCCAGACCAGAAGCGAAAGGAAGAGCAAUCGCCUAUUUUGGGGCCUGCAAAAAGUUGGGACUCGGUCGUUGGUUCGCUCAAUUCCAUUUGCGAAAAAUAAAUUUUAUAGAUUUUUGCAAACUGUGGCCGCUGACCAGGAAUAUGUAAACGCAACGAAGGAGCCAGUUCUUAUUGGGAAAAAGGACAAUAAGAGGGAGCCCAGAGCUAGAAGUCCAACCAACCGACCAACUGUGCCUCAAGAAACAGCAAAUCAGCGGGGAAACUCCCAAACUGGACAAGAAGAAACCCGGAUACCUCACAACUGCCAUAAGACACCAGCCAAAAAACGCCGCCCAGUGCAGACUGCAUUAGGAUUAGCCAGGCACUAGAGCUCGUGCAUUAACAUCCGCUUCCGGUGCUCCGCAGAACGAGUUGGCUGGAGAGGAUACCCCGCCACCAUGACGUUCGACACGCGUAGGCACACAGCCGGACAGCCGGGAAGCACAGCGACCAGCUCAAGCAGCAGCACCACCAGCACAGCAACCACCACAACGAGUCCGGCGCAGAGUUCCGGAUCAGGAUCGGUCAUAGGAUCAGGAACAGGAACAGUCGCCACCUCGAGUCUGCCAGGAGGAGGGUCAGGUAGCUUGGACGGCAACCAGGAGCAACAGCCGGCGACAGGCAGUCAGAGCUCUGAUGACGUAGCCGCUUCCUUGUCAGCGAAUAGCGUGGACAGCACCAUCACACUAGUGCCUCCAGAGAAGCUUAUAUCCUCGUUUCCCACAACGAAGCUGAGAUCACUAACGCAAAAGAUAUCCAAUCCACGUUGGGUGGUGCCCGUGCUGCCUGAACAGGAAUUGGAGGUUCUUUUAAAUGCAGCCAUCGAGCUGACCCAGGCUGGUGUGGAUCACGACUGCGAGCCAUGUGUGGAGUUUUAUCGCAAUGGACUGAGCACUUCAUUUGCCAAGAUCCUGACUGACGAGGCGGUGAAUUCGUGGAAGAAUAACAUCCACCACUGUAUCCUUGUGUCUUGCGGCAAGCUUCUGCAUCUAAUCGCCAUCCACAUGCAGCGAGACAAUCCCUACCUGCUUGACCUGCUGGCUAUUGUUUUUGAUCCGGAGAACAAGUUCAACACAUUCAACGCAGCCCGUCAGCCGGAGUGCUUCGCAGCACCGGACUACAUCUGGGGUCAGUUGGACAGCAACAAGAUGUACGCCCGUCCGCCGGCGGAGCCCAAGAAUGCGCGCGGCUGGCUUGUGGAUCUCAUUAACCGUUUUGGCCAGUUGGGAGGCUUUGACAAUCUACUGGAACGGUUUAACAGCGGACUGGAACUGCUGAAGCGCAACCAAAACAAGUGCACUGGCAAGAAUGUUGGUGUCGAGGGUAGUGUUGAAAAUGGGGGCCAGGAUAAUCGCCUCACCCUUGCCCUCAUUCACAGCCUCUUGCGUCCAUUUGGUCAAUGCUAUGAGCUCCUAACGCCCGCCACUAUCUCCAAGUACUUCAUGCCCACCUGGAACGUGGUGUUAGACCUUUUGGACAGCUUCACAGACGAAGAGUUAAAGCGAGAAGUGAAACCCGAGGGACGCAAUGACUACAUCAAUGGGAUUGUAAAGUCGGCCCGCUUUCUGGCCAGUCGCUUGUCUGGCCAGGAGGAGCUGAUCCGGGAUCUGGAGAUGUUUCGCUUGAAGAUGAUACUGCGCCUGCUGCAGGUGUCCAGCUUUAACGGCAAGAUGAAUGCCCUCAAUGAGAUCAACAAGGUGCUCUCCUCGGUGGCAUAUUACUCCCAUCGAUCCCAACCCUUGCCCCACUGUAUGCCCGAAGACGAAAUGGACUGGUUGACGGCGGAGCGCAUGGCGCAAUGGAUAAAGUCGUCAGAUGUCUUGGGUAUCGUACUCAAGGACUCGCUCCACCAACCGCAGUAUGUGGAAAAAUUGGAGAAGAUCAUCCGCUUUCUUAUAAAAGAGCAGGCACUGACAUUGGAUGAUUUGGAUGCAGUUUGGAGAGCGCAGGCCGGCAAGCACGAGGCCAUCGUGAAGAACGUUCACGAUCUACUGGCCAAACUUGCAUGGGACUUUACUCCCGAACAACUGGACCACCUCUUCGAGGCGUUCCAGGCCAGCAUGACCACGGCCAAUAAGCGGCAACGGGAAAGACUUCUUGAGCUGAUACGCCGCUUGGCUGAGGAUGACAAAAAUGGUGUGAUGGCCCAAAAGGUGCUCAAGCUGUUUUGGACGCUGGCCCACAGUCAGGAGGUGCCGCCAGAGGUGCUCGAUCAGGCGCUGGGCGCACACGUUAAAAUCUUGGACUACAGCUGCUCGCAGGAGCGGGAUGCCCAAAAGACCAUUUGGUUGGAUAAGUGCGUUGGCGAACUAAAGUCAGGAGAUGCAUGGGUUCUGCCCGCCUUGCGUCUAAUUCGGGAUAUAUGUUGCCUAUAUGAUACCACGCCGAAUCAUGCCCCGCGCACUCAAACGGGUACAAAUCGUCAGCAGGUGAUUGAACGACUGCAGAAUGAUUAUUCCUUGGUCAUUCUGGUCACCAAUAGCUUGACUGCAUACAUGGAAAGGGUGCGCCAAAUGGUAACCGACUCACCGGGCUUGGAAGCAACCAAAAUCCUAAUUGACGGUAGAUUUCCGCACCACGCGCAAAUAGCAGAGCGGCUGGAGUUCCUUAAGUUCCUGCUGAAAGACGGACAGCUCUGGUUGUGCGCAGAUCAGGCAAAGCAGAUUUGGCAUUGCUUGGCGGUAAAUGCCGUUUUUCCGGCAGAUCGUGAGGAGUGUUUUAGAUGGUUUGGCAAGUUAAUGGGUGAGGAGCCUGACUUGGAUCCUGGCAUCAACAAAGACUUCUUUGAGAACAACAUUCUGCAACUCGAUCCGCAUCUGCUCACCGAAAGCGGAAUCAAGUGCUUUGAGCGCUUCUUCAAGGCGGUCAACUCGAAAGAGGACAAGCUGAAGGCGAUACAUGGAGGUUACAUACUGGACAACGAGGAUCUUAUAGGCAAAGACUACUUGUGGCGAGUCAUCACAACCGGAGGCGAGGAAAUCGCCAGCAAGGCCAUUGAUCUACUUAAGGAAGUGUCCACGGCAUUGGGUCCACGUCUGCAGGAGAAUAUCGCGGAGUUUCACGAAAUGUUCAUCGGUGAGUGCUGCUCCCGCCUGCGCACACACUAUGAAAACAUCGUUAUUUUGGGCAAGACGCAACUGCAGGAGGAGCUGGAUGCACCCGAUCAGUCGGAUAAUGCAAACGACGAAUCGAAAGACUCAAAAAUGCGUUUCAUCGAGGCGGAGAAGAUGUGCCGAAUUCUAAAGGUGCUGCAAGAAUACGUGAAGGAGUGCGAUCGUUCCUUCAGCGGCGAUCGCGUUCACCUGCCACUUAGCCGGGUUACACGGGGCAAAAACACCAGCUUGUAUAUCCGCUUCCAGAACCCCGGCAGACCCAUCGACGACAUGGAGAUCGUUACACACAGCAACGAGACGAUGGCCGCUUUCAAGAGAAGUCUACUUAAGCGAAUCAAGGGCACUUCGACGACCAACAUUAAGGUUGAUCUCUUCUAUACUAAUGGCGAGAUGAUCGAAGUUUCCGAUGAAAUAAACCCACUCUAUCAGUACACAAUCCGGGAUAAGAUGAUUCUAACAGCAAAACUCACGCCCGUGGGCACGGGCCUAGCCAGCAGUCCCGACUCCUCGAGCGACUCGAGCACAGGAUCUCCUCCGCGUCCCUGCCCUGACAUGCAGCGCGUGGAGUCAGAGAGCACACUGCCUGGCGUGAUCAUCUCGCAAAACUACCAGUACACUGAGUUCUUUUUAAAACUCUACCAGCUGGGCAGUGAUCUCGAGCACGGUCGUCUUCGAGACAGUGCCAAAGUAUUACUGCACUUGCUCCCCUGCGACCGCCAGACGAUGCGCCAGCUACAGAUGAUGUGCAAGGUGCCGAAGGCAGCCGUAACGGUGGCUGCGACUGGUGAGAAGAUCGCCAAGGACGAGGAGGAGAAAGCAAACCCCACUGAGCAGACGGGGAUGGAAGCUGAAGAGGAACAUUGCACGCCGGAGCAGAUGUUUUUGCAUCCCACACCUGCUCAAGUGCUGUACAACCUCAGUGUGUUGCACGGACUGCUGAUUCCCGCGCUGGAUCCACUAGGAGAAAGUGCUCUACUAGUGCAGUCUGCAUGGAUGCAUUCAGGUUGCGCUCAUUUCGUGCUGGAACUGUUGACCAAAAACAAUUUUCUGCCCAGCGCCGAUAUGCACACAAAGCGUGCGUCCUUCCAGUGCGUGUUGAGGUUGGCAAAGCUCUUCUUGUACAUAGUUGGCAGUGUAUUGUCUCGUGUAGGCGAUGAGCCCAUGAUCUGCGACCUUGACAACGGAUCCCGUUCCCAGGUUGACAUCCUGAAGCAGAACUUUUCGACGAUGCCCAACAGCUCGCAGGGAACAUUGCGGGCGAUCUCUGCGAAACUGGCUGUGAUGCUUGCCCGCGAGAUGCUUUCAGCCAGCCAGGAAGGUGAUCGGUGCCGAACGCUAUUCAGCUCCACACUGCAGUGGUCAUGUCCAGACAUUUCAACCAUUAAGGCGGUGGUGCAACUGGCUUGGGCCUCGUCUUGCGGCAAUCUUCAGGCUCUAGGCAGCAGUAGCGGCGACUUUGAAGACGAGGUGAUUGUGCCGGACGGGCAAGACUUUAGCAUGUGCAAGGAGGCGCUAGAGGUUCUCACCAUUUCGUUUAUUCUGAAUCCGAGUGCCAACGAGGCGUUGACCAGCGAUCCGAACUGGCCAAAGUUCAUCACCUCUAUUGUUCUGAAGAACCCGCUUCGCCACGUGCGCCAGGUGGCCUCUGAGCAGUUGUUUCUGGCUUCUACCUACUGCGCUGGUGACCGGCGACCAUUCGUCUACAUGGUCAACUUGCUGGUGGGCGCGUUGAAGACGCUGGUUCCCCAGUACGAGGCUACUUGCGCCGAGUUCUUCUCGGUGCUGUGUCGGACCCUUUCCUAUGGAUGCAUCUACAACUGGCCGCUGCAGAUUAGCGAGGGAUUGUUAGGCGAUGAGAUUAAGUGGCUGCAACGCAUUCGGGAAAACGUCCAUGCCACCGGCGACACACAAGUGCAUGAGGAGCUCCUUGAAGGCCACCUCUGCCUAGCCAAAGAGCUAAUGUUUUUCCUUGCCGCCGAUUCAAAGGCGCAGCUUAACGAGCUCAUCCACGAACUGAUCGACGACUUCCUCUUCACGGCCUCUCGCGAAUUUCUGCAUUUACGGCGUCACGGCAGUCUACGGCAGGACACCGUCCCACCGCCGGUUUGUCGCAGUCCGCACACAAUCGCCGCUGCCUGCGAUCUCCUCAUUGCCUUGUGCCAGCUCUGUGUUCCUAAUAUGAAGCUACUCACCAAUACACUCAUAGACUUCGUCUGCACGGAUACUGAUCCGUUGCGCGAAUGGGAUUACCUGCCGCCGGUGGGCGCCAGGCCAACCAAAGGUUUCUGCGGACUCAAGAACGCCGGUGCCACUUGCUACAUGAAUUCGGUGUUGCAGCAGCUUUACAUGGUGCCAGCGGUCCGCGUGGGUAUCCUGCGAGCCCAUGGCGCUGCCACCACCGACGGCGAGGAUUUCAGUGGCGAUUCCGAUUUACCGGCCCUAUUCUCGGGUCCCGCUUCUGCCCUAGUCACGCUGUCCUUGUCGUCGGCGACUAUCGAAGACGGCUUGCAGGAUGUGCGAAAGAACUAUCACGUCGUGAUCCUGAAGCAUGUGCAGGCCAUAUUCGCUCACCUGGGCCACAGUGCGUUGCAGUUUUACGUUCCCCGUGGUCUCUGGACGCAUUUCAAGCUGCAGGGAGAGCCCGUGAAUCUUCGAGAGCAACAGGAUGCCGUGGAGUUCUUCAUGUCCUUGUUUGAAAGUCUCGAUGAGGGACUUAAGGCGCUAGGCCAGCCACAGCUUAUGAAUGCCACUCUGGGCGGCUCGUUCAGCGACCAGAAAAUCUGCCAAGAGUGUCCCCAUCGCUACUCCAAAGAGGAACCAUUUAGUGUAUUUAGUGUCGAUAUUAGGAAUCAUAGCUCAUUAACCGAAUCUCUGGAGCAGUACGUCAAGGGAGAGCUGCUCGAGGGAGCCGAUGCAUACCAUUGUGAUAAAUGUGAUAAAAAAGUAGUUACCGUUAAGCGACUGUGCGUUAAGAAGCUGCCACCCGUGUUAGCCAUUCAACUAAAGCGCUUCGAAUACGACUACGAACGCGUCUGUGCGAUUAAAUUUAAUGAUUAUUUUGAAUUUCCGCGUAUCUUGGAUAUGGAACCAUACACAGUGUCUGGCCUAGCUAAGCUAGAGGGCGAGGUGGUGGAAGUGGGUGAUAAUUGUCAAACAAACGUUGAGACGACAAAGUACGAACUGACCGGCAUUGUGGUGCACAGCGGACAGGCCUCCGGCGGUCACUACUUCAGUUACAUACUCUCCAAAAAUCCAGCGAACGGCAAGUGUCAGUGGUAUAAGUUUGACGACGGUGAAGUCACCGAGUGCAAAAUGCACGAGGACGAGGAAAUGAAGGCGCAGUGCUUUGGCGGCGACUACAUGGGCGAAAUUUACGACAACAAUCUUAAGCGCAUGCAGUACCGUCGGCAGAAGCGCUGGUGGAACGCCUACAUGUUGUUCUACACCCGCUGUGAUCAAACUCCCGUGCAGUAUGAGCCCAGCGUGGAGCAGUUGUCGCUCACAGAGAGUCGGAACAUGGUUUUACCCUUGCCAAAGCCCAUUGAGCGCAGCGUGCGGCACCAGAACAUUCGGUUUCUCCACUCCCGAAGCAUUUUUUCCGUGGAGUUCUUUAACUUCAUCAAAAAGUUGGUCAGCUGCAAUAUACCCUCGGCACGGAGCGAUAAGAUUACUCCAGCUGCAGAGGAGCUUUCACUGCUGGGCGUGCAAUUAGCAUCGCAGUUUCUUUUCCACACCGGCUUCCGCACGAAAAAGUCUCUGCGUGGCCCUGUCAUUGAAUGGUAUGACGCGCUCUCACACCACAUACGUUCCUCGACACUAGUUCGCAAGUGGUUCGCCAAUCAUGCGCUCCUCUCGCCGCCAUCGCGCUUGGGCGAGUACAUUCUGAUGGCUCCGUCUCCGGAGGUGCGUACCGUCUUUGUCAAGUUGGUAGUUUUCUUCUGCCAUUUCGCCAUCAACGAUGAACCUCUGACUGGCUACGACGGCGCUAAUCUCUGCGAGCAGGUACUCAUCAGCGUGCUGCGCCUCUUGAAAUCCGAGGCAGCCGACUAUGGCAAGCACCUGCCCCACUAUUUUAGCCUUUUCAGUAUGUACGUGGGACUAGGCACACGAGAAAAGCAGCAACUGCUCAGGCUCAAUGUGCCGCUGCAGUUCAUUCAGGUGGCAUUGGACGAUGGCCCCGGUCCGGCAAUAAAAUACCAGUAUCCAGAGUUCAGUAAGCUGCACCAAGUGGUUUCGCACCUAAUACGCUGCAGCGAUGUAAGCGAAAAAUGCCAGAGCUCCAACCAGAACGCCCGUCCACUGCCCAAUCCGUUCAAAGAUCCCACUGUAGCGCACGAGGAGCUGACGCCCCUGUCUACUGAGUGCAUGGACUUGCUCUUUAACCGCACGGGCUACAUCAAGAAGGUGAUCGAAGACACAAACGUGGGUGACGAGGGUCUGAAGCUGUUGCAAUACUGCAGCUGGGAGAAUCCACACUUCUCACGCGCAGUGCUAACCGAAUUGUUGUGGCAGUGUGGAUUCGCCUAUUGCCACGACAUGCGGCACCACACUGAUCUGCUUCUGAACAUCCUGCUGAUCGACGACUCGUGGCAGCACCAUCGCAUACACAAUGCUCUCAACGGAGUGGCUGAGGAGCGCGAGGGUCUGCUGGAGACGAUACAGCGGGCGAAGACGCACUACCAGAAGAGGGCGUACCAAAUAAUCAAGUGCCUGACGCAGCUGUUCCACAAGUCGCCGAUUGCGCUGCAGAUGCUCAACACGAACCAGAACAUAAGCCGGCACUGGAGCAUUGCAGUAGAGUGGCUGCAAGACGAACUGGAACGACAACGCGGCAUCGGUUGCCAGUACAAUUCUUACUCGUGGUCGCCUCCGGCGCAGAGCAACGACAACACUAAUGGCUACAUGCUAGAGCGAUCGCAGUCCGCCAAGAACACGUGGACCAUGGCUUUCGAGCUCUGUCCAGAUGAAGUCAGCGAAAAAACGGAUGAAAACAAUGAGUCGGACUUGGAGGCGAACCUGGAUGAAAACAAAUCGGAACAGGUGGCUCAGCCAGGAGCAGUGCAUGAGGGAUCUACCGGCGGCACGGAGCAGUUGGCCGAAAGCAAGACACCUACCACGAACAGUCCGUCUACCGCCGCUUGGCCAGUGCGCGUGGAUAGCAACGCCAUUCCACGGCUUUCGCGGCAGCUCUUUGGGGCUUACACGUCGACUGGCAGUGGUUCCACUAGUGGAAUUACCGCGCCCACUUCCGCCUUGACGACAACGGCGGGUAGUGGGGCCAACAGCGAAACGGAAAGCAGUGCCCAGGAGACAACCGGCGAGACGACCAUUAACGGUCUGACAAACAGCCUGGACCAAAUGGAGAUAACGGCCAAAAAGAAGUGCCGCAGGGUGAUAAUAAGAAAGCUAGUGGAAAGUAAGGACGAAGAAGACGCAACUACCGCUACCACGGCGGCCACGGUGGCCACCACAGAGGUCACAACAUCGCCAGCGACUGCUUCCCAACGGCAGCAACUUCAACACCUGCCACAACAGCAGCUACAGCAACGGGAACAGGAUCGGAUUCCGGAACGAGCGAGCUCCCGACGAUGACAGAGAAAAACUUAAUAUAAAGCCGAGAAAAAUCCACAAACGAAAAGUUCUUUGCAAUAAAAUGUAUUCGCAACCUAACACGCGGAGCAGCUGAUGAUGAGUAUCCAUAGUGUUAAAGUAACCAAAGCAGCCUGACAAUGAGAGCGGUGUGGACAGGUGUUUACUAGUGGGGUUCCCGCCGUCGAAAACGAGACUUAAUGGGUAAAUAUGCGAAGUAGAGCAGAAUCCGUAGAUAUUAACAAAUGAUACUUGGUUGGAGCGAUGCGAGUCAAAGAACGAAUGUCUGUAGGGCAGGUCAUAACCAGCAGGGUAUAACCAGCAGAGGUGUUUAGUAGCUAUCGAACUUUAUAAUUACCUUAAAUAAUAAACAAAUACACCAGUUUUUUGUUUUGUUUUCUGUUUAGUUAACCAUUAAAAGGGAUAUGUUUAUUUCUCCUCAUUGUAAAUAUAUCCCUUUUAAUGCAUAAAUCUGAAAUAAAAUAAAAGGACACCUUAAACAAACUCCCCACAACACUUUACAGAAACGGACGCAGACAAAGAAACACACUCAUAAUCUAUAAGAAGCGUUAAGUUGCACGUUUACAGUACCAUAUAAUUGUAUUUAUAUAGUAUAUAAAUGAUGUAUUACGUAUUGAAGCCGAGCAACACUUACUAUACUAACCGAAAAAAAUCAAAACGAUGCAACAUAGAUACGAUACUAGGAAAAACUAAUCGAAACGAAUCGGCUGAUUGUAAGAAUUAGGGCAAGAAACCAAAUUGCAUCUUUAGUACUCAGUACUCGCCUCUGAAACUGUUUCCAUAAUCAUAUUUCAACAGCAUAAACCAAGUUGAUGGCAUGCUAAAUCAAAACAAAACAGUAUAAACUCAAGAGCAGAAUGGACUAAAGCAACACGAGCAUAAAGAAAACUUGAUUAUGGUUAUAAGUACAUAUAUUUUAAAUGAUUAGUGUUUUGUAUUAAGUGAAAUUUGUUAAACAUUUAUUAAAUUAUUAUGUUCUAAGUUGCGAAAUAAAUGCGAAGUGUAAGCAAAGUACGCAAUGUCA